UGUAUUUUUAAUGUACAAGCACCAUCCAAAACAGCUGCUUUGUUACAUACAGCUUUAGUUCAAUCAAAGUCUCUGCUUUAAUCUGAAUGUGACACUGCAAAGGUGUUGAUAAGCUAACUUUCGGAAGUUUAUUACUGUCAAAGAAAAUGUAAGUUUCAACAUAAUUAAGUAAAUGAAUGCUCAUAAUGCAUCCUUUAAUCUGUCUUUUUUCCACAUUUUCUCUUAUUUACCACUUUCUUGAGACAACAUCAUUUUGUUUAAAACAGCAGUAUUUCUUCAUCUCUCUGUCAUGGAGUGUUUACAUUUCUGUGACAAAUACAUAACAUGUCGACCAUGCAAUCUGUUUUGUCCUCUAGCUGUGAGGAUUCAUGCAGCACAACAAGCUUAUCCCACAAACACAGAUAUAACCUUCCUGGUUGUAGCUGAUGUGCCAGUCCCUGUGGAGUUUCUCUGGUACUUCGGAGACUCAAAAUCCGCCAGAACCACCUCAAAGACCAUCACCAAAAGAUACUACACUCCCGGCAGGUAUGAUGUAGUCGUAGUCGUGUCUGGUGGUCGGAUCUCCCUCACCUCUGAAGUGUUCCCGCUGGUCAUCCAGAGAGCAGUAAAGCUCAACAGGCUUGUCCACCGGGCCUCUGUCCUGCAGAACCACACAGUGACGCUGCGUUGCCGGGUCAACGUGGGCACCGAUGUCAUCUUUCUGUGGAGCUUUGGAGACGGACCAACAAGGCUGGGACAGAGCACAGAGCAGCACAUCUUCCACGAGACAGGUGAGUUCACAGUGGAAGUGAUUGUAUCUAACCUGGUGAGCUCUGCCUCUCUGAGCAGUCACAUCUUUGUUGUCGACCAGCCAUGUCAGCCUCCACCAGUCAAAAACAUGGGGCCUCUCAAACUACAGGUGCGAAGAUAUGAGGUUAUCCAUCUGGGGGUAACCUAUGAGACUGAAGUUGACUGUGACAAAUCAGGAGGCCUUAACUACACCUGGGCCUUGUUUGACUCUGCAGGCCAGGUCUUCCCUUUGACUCUCACAAACAUUCACAGACAGAGCCUCAUACUGCCAAGCCAUCUCCUGCACUAUGACGCCUACACUGCCAUAGCCAGGGUUCAGGUUGUCGGCAGUGUGGUGUACAGUAACUACAGUGUGAGAGUUCAAGUGAUACCCAGCCCUCCUAUGGCGUCCAUUCAGGGCGGCACCAACGUCUUCAUUAACAUCAGAAACACCACCGUGGUAACCCUAGACGGGCAGAGAUCUUACAACCCUGACUUCCCCAUGAACCCAGUCAGCUUCAGCUGGGCAUGUAAACCAGUCAGCUCCGUCACCGGAUCCUGUUUCAACCAACACGUUACCACUUCCUCUUCUGUGCUCACAUUUCCUGCUAGUUUCCUAAAACUACAUGACCAAUUUCGAUUCACACUCACCAUCAGCAGUGGAGAGCAUUCAGCUUCAACAGAGACCUUCCUCACAGUUACAUCAAAUGUAAUUAGUGCCUUGUGUGAAGACCGUGAUGUUUCCCGACAAAACAUCCAGUACACCUGGAGCCUGUACUUGGUCAAUGCUUUGUCCAAACCUGUCACAGAAGUCCCAUUUUGUUACACAGUGGAUCUCAGUGCUCCUUCCACCAUCAGUGAGGGUCCUGCUACCUCUCCUCAGACUCCUGGGACUUCCACCCUGCAUCCACCUGCUGCAGAUGCUUCACACUACACUCAUACUGUCCCCCUGAGUGAGAAUGCUUCUGAAACUGCAGCCAAAAAGCAAAAUCCGAAUGUGACUGACAGCGAGACAUCAUUAAAGAAGAACAGAAACAUGUUACACAUCACCGGUUUGACAGACCCUGAGCCACUCCUCAGCUCUUCUCCAGUCAACAUAAGAACAGCAGAGUCAGGAGAGCCCAUUCAUCAUCCUCUGGGAGAGUUUCUAGAGCCUCUGUACUCCUCCACUGAAUACUUGCCCUUGACAAUGGUAGCGGCCAGAAUGAUGUUAUCAGCAAAUUCCCUAUUGACUCAGACUCCUCUACUGACUGGGAGUUUUCUUUUCCUGUCCCAGAGAGUGGUGAUGUGGGAGAUGGACUGGGUGAGAAAAAACAUAUCUGAAACUUUGGCUGUCACAGCCGCAGUCAAUCAAAAUCAAAUUGAAACUGAAUCUGGUCUUUCUGCUCUUAUAGAUUCAGAUUAUGAUGUUCCCUUCCUGAGCACAGAGGAGGGAGACCCAGGAAUCUCAGCAGGAAGACCCACAGGUGUGGAUGAUGACACCUUCAGUCCAGAAGAUGACUCAGUGUUUGAUCCAGCAUCACAUGUCGAUGAGGGGAGUAAUCUGGUGGAUUCCAGGCCAUCUAUGGUGAUCCAGGAGCCAACCUUGCUUGAUUUACCUCGAGGCCCAGUAGACAGAGCGCUGUUUGAGUCCUACACUUACACAGGAAUUUCCUCCCCUUUGUUCAGCUUCAGACCGUUCAGUCCGAGACCGGGGAGCAGAUACAUGUUGGGGGUUACUGCCAAGUCUCAAAGUAGUUUUCUGGGCCGGACUCAGAUAUUCUUAAAAACCAACCCUGCACCAAAAGGAAUGACGUGCCAGGUGCAACCGAUCAAAGGGUCGGAGUUAUACACACACUUCAGCAUCUUCUGCACCUCGGGGAAAGAGGACUUACUGUAUGAGUACAGCUUCAGUGUCGGAAACAGACCUCCCAGGAUAUUGUAUCAGGGGAGAGACUUCCAGUACUACUUCAGCCUUCCUUCUGGAGACCGCAGCGACGACAAUAAAGUAACUAUUUACACAAAGAUCAGAAGCAGCACAUAUGGAACAGCCACUAAACCCUGUCCUGUCACCGUCCAAGUCCAGCCAAGCUUCCUCAGAGACUCCUCUUCCCAUCAUGAUCCUUAUCUGGAGCUUUCAGAGUCAGGUCUGAGGAACCUGUCAGCUCUGGUGCAGCUUGGGAACAGUGUGGAGAUCCGUAACUACAUUAGUCUCCUUUCCAGCAUCCUGAACAGACUCAGCAUGGACACCAAGGCCAACACACACGCACAGAGACGCAUAUGCAAUAUACUCAUUUGCACAGUGUGUGAACUCGAGAGCAGCGAACAGGUAUCAAUGGUGGACAGCAUCCACAUUCUCAACAACCUUUUACAAGUCACAAGUCAGGUAACAUUAGCCAGUGCCAGACGGGUGAGAGCUCACAUUCAGGCCAUCUCAGAGCAGUUUUCUGAGUCCAGUGUUCCUGUCUGGUACCAUCUGGACCAGAAGACACUGAACAGCCUGGUCACCCUGCUCUCAUACAGCCUGCAGGCUGCUGUCACCGGUUAUGACUUCACAACCAACAGUGCUGACAUUACACAAGAAAUGGAAUCAGACUCAUUUGCUGGUGAAAACACAAGAAAUGCUAUAGCUGAUCGAAAUGGCUGCAUAUCACACUCGUCCAGUGGUGUUUUUAUUAAAACAUCUAUUUCAACAAAGCCGGCAAUGCGGCUUGUAGAUGAUAUUCUGCAGACUGCUUCAGAUCUUGUGAGAAAAAACAAACAUGUUUCCUCACACUCACUUACUUUUUUUGCACUUCCAUUUACUUAUCAUAAAAAUCCUACAUCCAAUGCUCAUUUAAUAAUGUCUCCAGGUGUUUGUUACUUGGCCCUGCUGAAUGCUGACUUUGCGAAGCCACCCAGACACAGUCACCUGAGCAGCCAGGUCAACUACAGUCUCACAGCAGACAGCAACCUGUGUUUGUCCUGGAAUGGCCACCAGGGGGCCUGGACACACAUUGGCUGCAGAACACAGCAGGCAGACACAAAUACUACAGUCAACUGCAGUUGUCACCAGUUGAGGCUGUUGACUGUGGUGCAGCAGCAGAUCCAGAGCAGCCAUGACACAGUCGAUCUGGACCCAUUCCUAAGCACAUGGUCCUGUACGACACAAACAUCAUUCUGUGUGACAGUGCUCUGUGUGCUGGUGCUGUGUGUUUGCCUGUACGUCCCGGGGUUGGUGGUGUGUAGGAGAGCUGACGUCAUCUCCGAGGAGAAUCAGAGAGUCCACUACCUUACUGACAACUCUCUAUGUGACCCAUACCUCUAUGCUGUGACCAUCCACACUGGUCUCUACUCUGCAGCCAGUAUGAGUGCAAAGCUCCAGACUGUGUUGGAUCACCACGUAUCUCAGCUCCUCCAGUUCAGCCCAGAUAUCAGGGGUGAUGUUAGUCUGAUCACUGGUUGCUUUAACACCCAGGAUCUCAGACUGAACAUCUGUCUGAGUGAUAUCACUCUCUGUCCCCCCUCCACUCACACCCUGAGCCCUCGUCCAGGACAGACAGAGCAGCAACGCCAGAAAAACUGCAGCACUCCUCAUUGUGAAAUAUCACCUCUUUAGACAGCAAGAUGCAGUCUGACACGUCUCGCUCAGUUCCCGUCUUUAUAUACACGUAAAACAGGUCACUGAACUGCUGUAUGAGAAUGAAACAGGUGUCUUUGAUAACAAAUAUAAAAAUAGCACCAAAGAUCCUUGAACACUGAACUGAGUUUAAAGCAAUCAACAAGUUAGAAUGAUGUUCUUCCCUUCAAUAUAACAACAUUAAAGGACGAGUUCACAAUCUUUCAAGUCUCUUUUAAAACAACA